AUGCUGUCGGAUGUAGUGGUUGCGAGGUUCGCCGUUAAUUUCUAAUCGUCUUGAAUAGUACCCUGUUCAUUAAUGGACUAGCCAUUUUAAACUUCAACCUGUGAGUCGCACUCUUUUUAAUUGUCUCUCUGGCUUAGUAAACAGGAUCCCAUAUUUGAUGAGGAAUCUUCACGCAUUGGUAUGGUGCUUUCAGUCAUGCACAUAUCAAGCACGUGUAGGUUCGAGAGCUAAGGAAUUUGUGAGGAACGUCCGAUACUUCCGCGUAUUUAUUGGGAUUUGGAACCUUUUCGUCAUAUUUCUAAUGUUUACGUAUGUUUGUCAACAAAUCUUCAUGAAAGUUCGUUUUGUAGAUUAUUCGGUGGCUGA